UUUGUAGUCCAUGCGUAUCGGUUUUAUUUUUCCUUCCGUGUAAGUUUAACACUAGUCUUUACUGAUUCAGACGUUUAAUCUGGUUUUCUGUACGCAGUAUUUUCAGUCUUUUUAGAUAUUGAAAGGAUAAAAUAACUUUCAAGCUGUGAGCGAUAACGACAGCAAUCUGCGCCAGUAAAAACUCGUGAUGGAGUGGCUGACACUUCUAUUGUUGUCAUAUUUCAGUACCAGAGGUGUUGCGUUGAAUGAAUGUGCUACUUGUGAAUGCUGUAAAGGUGGAUAUUCCCGUUGUCAAUACUACAACUUUACCAGUAAUUUCUGUCUGGACGGCUGUAUUGAUGGGUAUUUUGGAAUACGUUGCCGACACGCUUGUAUAACCAAUUGUCAGAAUUGUUCAGUUGCAACUCACUGUAUAAAAUGUAACAUAGGUUUCUAUGGAUCAUAUUGUAAAAACUGUCCAAAUAACUGUUUAAGCUGUUCCAAUUUAAACUCAUGCUAUAGCUGUAAAGAUGGAUAUUAUAACGGUAGACAUUACGACAGUAAUUCCUAUCCGAUUUAUUCCGAUUGUAGAUAUAAAUGCAAAAAUAAUUGUAAAUCAUGUACAUCAUUUACGACAUGUACCAAAUGUGUAGAUGGGAAAUAUAACGGUUUGCGCAAUGAUUGCACAGAAAGCUGUAAUCCAGCAUGUAAAUCGUGUACAUCGUAUAACAACUGCACCGAAUGUGCAGAUGGGAAAUAUAACGGUUUGCACAAUGAUUGCACAGAAAGCUGUAAUCCAGCCUGUAAAUCAUGUACAUCGUAUAACAACUGCACCGAAUGUGUAGAUGGGAACUAUAACGGUUUGCACAAUGAUUGCACAGAAAGCUGUAAUCCAGCAUGUAAAUCAUGUACAUCGUAUAACAACUGCACCGAAUGUGUAGAUGGGAAAUAUAACGGUUUGCACAAUGAUUGCACAGAAAGCUGUAAUCCAGCAUGUAAAUCAUGUACAUCGUAUAACAACUGCACCGACUGUGUAGAUGGAAACUAUAACGGUUUGCACCAUGAUUGCACAGAAAGCUGUAAUCCAGCAUGUAAAUCAUGUACAUCGUAUAAUAACUGCACAACCUGCAAUUCUGGAAACUAUGGAUCAUCUUGUCAAUACGACUGUGGACGUGGUUGUCAAAAUCAGCAGUGUGAAAUGAAUAGUGGAAAUUGCACAUGUUUAUUACGUUUUCAAGGAGAUAAAUGUGAUCAAUGUGUCGCUGGUAAAUUUGGAAUCAACUGUGAACAUGAUUGUCCAGGGAGUUGUAAAGGAGGUGAAUGUGAACAUAUCACAGGUGCUUGCAUACCUUUUUGUACAACUGGCUUUACUGGAGAGAAAUGCGAUACAUGCGAGUUUGGAUUUUACGGACCGUCUUGCCAGGAAUGUCCUGGACACUGUGAGGAUUGCAAGACAGAGACUAAAUGUUUCGCCUGUAAAGUCGGGUUCUGGGGAGAGACUUGCCAACAUACUUGCCCUUCAAACUGUCAUAAUCAUACUUGCCGAAAACAAUCUGGAGACUGUGAAAUAGAUUGUGCACGAGGAUAUUGGGGAGCUAAAUGUAACUUCACUUGUCAUAGAAACUGUGCGCUUGGGACUUGUAAUAGCGCAACAGGCGUGUGUAGUGAUGGUUGCAAUAUUAAUUAUUAUGGAAAGCAAUGCAACAUGUCUUGUUCGACGACAUGCUUACCGGACGGCAAUGGAAGAAUGUGUUUUCAUUUGAAUGGAAGUUGCGUAAGAGAUUGCCAACAUGGAUUUUAUGGUGACAUGUGUCAAUACCGUUGCAUUGAAAAUUGCAUCAAUGUUAUCUGUUCAAGAACAAGCGGUGCAUGUAACCUCGGCUGCGUUGGAGGAUUUGAAGGAAAUAAUUGCACGAAACCUAUCUCAUGGGCAAUACCCGAUCAUGGAAACACAGCAGAUUCUUCUAAUGUCAGUGCAUUCAUUGGAGUUGGAGUUGGAUCAAUGGCAGUCACUGUUCUUGCUGUUGGAAUAGCCAUUGUAAUAAGACGAUACCUUAGAUAUGGCCACAUAAAAAGGCACACAUCAGAACACACACAUGAGUUAACAGAUGCUCAGCAGGAAAAUAUUAGUAAUGAACUGCUGAAUAUAUCAUCAACAACUGAUUCUGGCUAUGCAAAUUCAACAUUCCCUGCAUAUGAAGAGUUAAAAGAAAGUAGCAAAGUUUCAAAUACUUACGAUCAUAUUAGUGGUACAAAUAUCAUCUGAGCAGAACGCAUUUCUGUCACUGUAUUCUACCAGGGUUGAUUAAGUUGCAUUCGUGCCAUUUCCUCAUCUUUUUGUAAAUAUUUGUGUCCUUGCUGUGUGAAAAGUUGAGUCUGUAUCGGUGAGGCCGUAAACUUCUGUAAAGUAUUAUUUACAUACUCAGAGAUGUUUAUAUGGAGAAAGAUGACACAAGUGAUUAUAGAAAUAUAACUGCAGGAAACAUGUCAGUUCCUAUCAAACAUUACUUAUCGGCAAUAAUUAUUGUACAAUGAAUAUGUUCUAAGUGAGUUAACAUAAAAAAUGCAUAAUAUUUUUAUGAAUUAUUCAAACGCGUCAAAUAGAAAGCAACAUAAUUGUUUCCUGACUAGGCACAGAUAUACGUACUUUGAAACAGUAUGUAAACUUGCCAAGAAAUGAGUUCAUUUUAAAUUUUUAAACUUGUUAAUGUUAACUUUUACGUAACAUUAAUUAAUGAUAAAAGUAAGGUUAAUUACGAUUUAGUGAUAUCGUGUGAUAUACGCGAGAGAUACAUAACGUUGAUCUAUUUUCGGGUUAGCAUUUCUACCAAGGGUUAUCGUGCAUGUACAUUUGUAAAUAGAAUGUUUCGAGGUUUGGUAAAUGUUUAUAUUAUCAUAUUAUAAUAUAUCAAUUCAGAUUAAAAUGUUAUUAGAUAGUAACGUUCAGUAAAGUUGUACAAUUACAUAAUAGUAAGUACGUUUAAUUUACAGUCUUGCAUUUUAUAGUUUUUAAUUCAUGCCUGAAAACUAUAUAACUAUGAUAUUUAAAUUAGCUGCAUCAACUACAGUACCCUUGUGUUUAUUAAUUUUAUUGUUAAAAUUAGUAAUUCGUCCGAUGACUCUCUAUUUACUUUGAAUUUUUUAAAAUGCAAAUAUCCAACUUGGUUACGUUUCAUAACAUUCUAGCCGAAAUAUUCUAACACAUUUAUUUAGGCAUUUUAGGCAUACAAAAAUGUAAUUCUGGCUCGAAAUAAAGGAUAUCGAUUGCCAAAAUAUGCCAGAAAUCAACUUCACCUCCCAUCAAUUAAGACGUUUAAGUUUCUAUGUUCGGCAUGUCUGACAAAUAAUAGGAAAACGACUGACUGAAGAAUUUCACUCCUGUUGUAUCACGAAAGUGACACGCAUAUUCUUCGUUUUAUCCAUUGUCUGUAUUAUAUCAGUUUACACAAUAUCUUUACUGCUCAAGGCUGCAUGAUGUUCUUUCAUUUUUUCUAUUGUAUAAUGACGUCCUUUUGUGUAUUGCUUUUAGUGAGUCAGACUUCUGUUUUUGUUAUGAGAAAGAAGAAUGAAUUUUUAAAUCUACCGUUACAUUUUGUGUUAAAUUAUGUCGUAAAAGAAAUUACAAUUCUAAUACACUAAGAACUAUUUGACAAAUGACAAGCAUUUUAGUUUAUGUAAUAAAUUUACUCGGACAACAAAUAUUCAUUUCUUAUCAAAGCAUGUCCAGAAAUACAGGAAAGUGCUAUUACAUUAGCAGUUUACAGCUACGUAAAAGAACACGCUUUGAAUACAAAUACUAGCCAUAUGACUCUGACAGCGAUUCUGAUUUUGACAGGUUUUGUUUGUAAAAUAGAGUUUUUCCUUCAGAACUUAAAUAAUAUAUGAUACCAAACAAGGAAUUAUACAUCUUGUAUUGAUAUAUAUAUUUUAUUACUUAGUUGACAUUUGGGACUGCUUUGGUAUUUUCACAUUCCGAAAAGAUACAUAUCUAUUUAAAGAUAUAUAUACAUGUAUCAAUAUAUGAAAGCAGCAUUCCGGUUAACACAUUAUAAGGUAGAGUAAAAACAACGCAGAAAACGCACCGGGGGACAUUUAAUGUGGUAUGCUACGCUUUUCGAAACCCGACGUUUGUUUUGUACGGUCAAAACAAGCAGGUCUAGACAAAUGAUCGUAAUGCGUGUCUUAUACGCUGUUUUUUUCUGCGUCUAAUGCCGUUUAAUGCGUAUCAAAGAUGUAUGACUACAUAAUUCUUAAUACAUGACAGAAAAAAGGGUCUGAAGAAGUAUUCAUAAUAUUUGUAAUAUACAUACAUGUACACUGUUAAUAUAUUGUUCAGCCCUGCAAGCUGCAAGUUUAUACUGCAAACUGCUGCAUCGUACAGAUACAUUUACAUAUACAUGCACAUUAUAUACAUGUAGGAUGUCCAUCUAAAGAAAUGAAAAAAUAAAUCAAUAUGAAAACAAAUGGAUUCAGAUGAUUUUGAAAUUCUUAUCACUAUGCAUGUAACAUUGUCUUGUUGAAAAUGGAUAUACUGACCACAAUAGUUUUAUGAAGUAAAGUUUAGUAUUCAUGUAAUCAUUUAUGUUUUUUUUCUGAAAUAUUGUAUAUUUAUUUGAAAAUGUCAAGAUGAAAUU